AUGGAGCUAUUGACAGUGACCUUGAGUCCACUGGAAUCCACACUCUAUACAAGAAAUGAAUCUCUAGAUCAAACAACUUGGUCAUCAGAGCAAGUGACCCAGCCCCACUUGGAAUCAAAAGGAGGCCGCAGUUAUAUCUGCAUCUUCCAGCUCAUUUGCGGACUGGGAGUAACUGGGAACGUGGUUUUGAUAUCGUCUCUCAUCUUCUAUGUCAAGGAGAAGCUGUUCACAGUCUACCUUCUGCACCUGCUGCUGCCGCCCCAUGGUCCUCCUGUGCACAGUCAUCUCCAGCUGGUGGCCUUCCUUCAUCACCACGGUGACAAUGGCACCUUACUGAGCUACGUCAGCCCCCUAAUGCUUUUGGCUACAACACAGGUCUGCGACAUGAAGCCGUGCCUGUCUGUGCUUCACGCAAUCUGCUGUCAGUUAGAAAACUUCCUCUGCAUUCUGGAAGUGGAGCCAAGAUCCUGAGAAUGUCAAAAUGUGUACACAUUUUCAUGCACUUUGAUCUUCCUUGUCUUCGUUCCUCUCAUGGUCUUCUCCAAUUUGAGUUUCUUCAUCCAAGUCUGCUGUAAACUGAAGCCACAUCAACCAGCCAAGCUCUAUGUAAUCGUCAGGGUCACUGUCACCUCAUUUCUUGUCUUUGCCAUGCCCAUGAAGGUCCCGUUCAUUGUAGCCUACUGUUCGAAUCCAAGUGACAACUGUGUAGGGAGAUUCCUUCCUUACUUGAACACGUUGUCCACUAUCAACUGCAGUGUCAAUCCAAUUGUCUAUUUUGCGGUAGGUAGUCUUAGGAGAAAGAAAUGUAAAACGUCCCUAAAAGAAGCAUUGCAAAAGGUCCUUGAAGAAAAGCCAGUGCCAGGCCAGGUAAGAAUGCUGUACAAUCCUCUCCUGGGUGGAGAAAUGGUAGAAGGGGAGAAGAAUGGACGGGCGACCAUGAGACACAAUGUCCUUCAGCUAGGACACCUUUGA